CAAGAGGAGCUGUGUGGUUGAUGGUAGCUACACCCUGGAACAGACAGAGAGACAGUGUCAAAGAGGCUUUCCAUUUUUUUUGUGCAAUCACAAAGAGGUGGAGACAGGGAGGCUCUGAGAAAUAAAAGGAAGGAGGGAAGGAAAGAAAGGAAGGGAAGGGAAGGAAGGAACCUGUGCACCAUUCCUCCAUCAUCAUCAGCAGCAGCAGCAUCAUCACCACACGCUACAAGUAACAAGAGUAAAAAAAAAAGACAAAAAACAAACAAACAGAGAAACAGAGAAACAGAACCGAGAGGCAGCAACAGCCGCGCGCGCGCGACUCCCACUGUGCUUUCUUGUAAUGGUGGAGUGAACCAGAGCCACUGAUGCCCGCGCGAGACUCCUGGAUGUUCUCUGAGAAUCACAACAGACAGACAGACAGACAGACAGACACGGCCGUCCAACAAAGACAACUAAAGUGUGACUGAUGUGUAGAGCUUGAUGUGCCGCGCGCACUCGACACGAGCCUGAACCAGAAAGCAAACUCCUCAGACUCCUCCCUCCUCCUCCUCCUCCCUUCGGUCUCUCUCAUCCUCUCCCUCUCCCUCCCCCCCCCGGUCCUCUAUGCUCAGUUCGGUGUGUGUAUCCUCUUUCAAAGGGCGCAAGGGUGGGAACAAGUCGUCCAACAAAGCAUGUUACAGCGCAGACAUGACUUGUCCGUCGGAAAGCGAGAAAAUCGUGAUAAACUGCGGGGGGGUGCGGCAUGAGACCUACCGCAGCACCUUGAAGACGCUGCCCGGUACCCGCCUGUCAUGGCUCACCGAACCGGACGCGUUCUGCAACUUCGACUACGACCCCAAAUUGGACGAGUUCUUCUUCGACCGCCACCCGUCAGUCUUCUCCUUCAUCCUCAACUACUACCGCACGGGGAAGUUACACUGUCCCAACGACGUGUGCGGCCCGCUGUUCGAGGAGGAGCUCGCCUUCUGGGGCAUCGAUGAGACGGACGUGGAAGCGUGUUGCUGGAUGAAUUACCGGCAGCAUCGGGAUGCGGAGGAGGCGCUGGACAGCUUUGAGAAUCCGGAACCGGACGCGCCGGACGACGACCCGGCACUGGGCGGUGCGGACGGGGACUUGAAGAGACUGUGCAUGCAGGAGGACGCGAGGAAAGCGGGCUGGUGGAAAACCUGGCAACCCAAGAUCUGGGCGCUCUUUGAGGACCCGUAUUCCUCCAAAUAUGCCCGGUAUGUGGCAUUCGGCUCCCUGUUCUUCAUCCUCCUCUCUAUCUCCACCUUCUGCAUGGAGACACAUGAGGCCUUCAACACCAUCGUCAACAAGACGGAGAACGUCACCGUGGGCAACGCGACCCACGAGGUGAUUGUGUACGAGGUGGUGACUGACAACUGGCUGACAUACGUGGAAGGCGUGUGCGUCAUUUGGUUCACCAUUGAGGUCCUGCUGCGAGUCACCUUUUGCCCAGACAAGUUAGAAUUCUUCAAAAGCACCCUCAACAUCAUCGACUUUGUUGCCAUCCUGCCCUUCUACCUGGAGGUGGGCCUGAGUGGCCUGUCCUCCAAAGCUGCCAAGGAUGUCCUGGGGUUCCUGCGCGUUGUGCGAUUUGUCCGUAUCCUCCGAAUCUUCAAGCUCACUCGCCACUUUGUGGGCCUCCGUGUGCUUGGCCACACACUUCGUGCCAGCACCAAUGAAUUCCUCCUGCUCAUCAUCUUCUUAGCCCUCGGUGUGCUCAUCUUUGCCACCAUGAUCUACUAUGCUGAGCGAAUCGGGGCAGACCCGGCCGACCCAACUGCCAGUGCCCACACCAACUUCAAGAACAUCCCCAUUGGAUUUUGGUGGGCUGUUGUUACCAUGACCACGCUGGGCUAUGGAGAUAUGUAUCCAGAGACGUGGUCAGGGAUGCUGGUGGGUGCACUCUGUGCCUUGGCUGGUGUGCUGACCAUUGCCAUGCCCGUACCUGUCAUUGUCAACAAUUUUGGCAUGUACUAUUCUCUGGCGAUGGCGAAACAAAAGCUGCCCAAAAAGAAGAACAAACAUAUCCCCCGAGCACCCCAACCAGGCUCUCCCAACUACUGCAAGCCAGAUGCCCUCGCAAUGGCUACUGCCUCACCUCAAAGGAUCUUGGGAAAUGUCCUAGGUGGAGUGAUGGGUUCUGGAGGCAUGGGGGGCGACUGUCCUCUGGCCCAAGAAGAAAUUAUAGAGAUUAACAGAGAUUCCAAGCAGAACGGUGAUGCAGCUUCAGCCGCCCUGGCUAAUGAGGACUGCCCCACCAUCGAUCAGGUACUGAGCCCCGACGAGAGGAGCCCUCUCGGACGCGGGCCUACCCGCGAGCGCUACCAGCAGGACCGCGCCUGCUUCCUGCUCAACACGAGGGAAUUCCGUGCUACGGAUGGGAAUGUGCGGAAAGUAGAGGCAGCCGCCCUGGCACCCAGCCCAGACUCCCCUCUGACUGAGGAUUGGUAUAAGAUGGAAGGGUCUCUGUUACAGCAGGACCUCAAUGCAAACUCCACCUCCUCCUGGAUCAAACCAUAGGCCAGAGGUAACACUGACAGAGUGUUAAGUUUCUAGCAUUCGCCUUCUCUAUAAUGAGGAGUCUCAGUAACCAGUAAACACAAAUUUGCGGCGGGAGCCACGUAAGCGGCGUAUGUGACACGGACGGACAGUUGAAAGGAGAUCUUUUGGGGGUGACAAGAGAGAGAGACCAGAGGUUAAUCAUGAAUUUAAAAAUCACAUGGUCUGCUCCUCACAUUGUUACCAAAGCAGCCUCUUGGAACUCUUUUGGAACCUUUUUGUUUUGUUUUGUUGUUUUGUUUUUUUUCCUCUUUUUUUUUUUUUUUUUUUCUUGGGGAAAAAUGACUGAGCAUUGCACUGACACACUUUGGGAGAGAACAGGAUUUCUCCUGGUUAAACAUUCCAGAUGACGUCUCAUUAUUCUCACCACCUUAUAUGAAGACCAACUCGGCGCCGCCUGCAGUGCUGAGCAACUUUCUGACAAAAAACACACCCAUCUUCACAAAGAACCGAAUGAACAAUGUAGCAUCUCUGCUAACAUCUUGUAGCAUUUGUUGGCUGGGGAAUAACUUGACUUAGUCUGACAUCGUCUGUUCAAAGACAGAGGAAUUUAUGCAUACAGGGGAUCUUUUAGAUGUCAUUUUCCUCUUAGGUUCCUUUCCAGGGAAGAAAAAAAAAAACAAAGGUUGAAAGUACGUGAGAGACAAAGGAUUGGUCUUAGUCGUCAACACUUGACAUUCCAAAAAAAAAAAGAAAAGAAAAAAGAAGAAGCGCGAUGCAAACGGUGCAUCUGAAAUCAAUCACAAAUGCACAGCACCAUGCUACAGUUCCUUAUUCAUGUCGAGCAGAUGUACAGCGCAUUUUACCACUGAAACUAUGUCUUCCAUUCACUUUCUCUCAGACUGAAACACUGCCCUUCUCACACCAAACGAGAUAAUCAACAACAACAACAACAACAACAACACCACGCGAAGCACAUGUAGCAUCAGCUCCAACAAAUCACGUACGACAUCACUGGACAUUGACACUGACCUGGCGGGAACGUGGUGGCAAAAGACUGAUCUUUAUCUCUCAUGUACUGACAUGGCUCCGCCCCAUCAAUCCACCAAAGGUCCUGUAGCGUGAACUUGCUCGUUGACCUGUAACGUAUUGUAGUUCAAGAGAAAGGACGAGGUUUGUACUCACCCUCGUUCUGGCCACCGUUUGGCACAAAGUCAUUCCUUUAAAAGUAGUUACUGCCACUAGCAUCCCAUGCCUAUAAUGCACAAAACCACAGACUCAAGGAGACAGAAGUCCUAAUGAACAAUAUUCAAGCUUUAUUGAAUAAUAUGAAUAUCACUGGAUAUUGGCCUGGUCUAAAUUAUGAAAAGGACCCCCCCCCCCCCCCCCCCCAUACUAUGAAGGCACUUCUUAGGUCACAUAAAACUUGUCAUUAGUAGGAAACGAUGUGCUAUCUAUCAUUAUGAAAGGGACCAAUCAAAUAAUUGCACCCCCCCGCCCCAACUCAAAGCCCAACACUGCCAAUUAGGCACAAUAUGCCCCAGAUGUAUACUGCCCCCAGCUCUCUCUUGUCCCUCUUGCUGCCAACGACUGCCUCACUGGCGAGUCAAUGUCAAGAUAAGGAUGUCCCAUCAGGGGAGAGCGAGACCAAGUGGACCAUGAAUAGAACAAGUGUGAAAGUGUACAGAGAGAACAAAUCUAUAUUUUGAUAAACAAAUCUACUAUCCAUGGCUUUGGAGGACGUUUCUGAGCAGAAAAGAUCCAAGAAUGGAAACGGAAGGGGGAAAAAAUAUUGGAUGCAAAUGAGGGGGGAAAAAAAAGGAGAUUUUGGCAUCACAAGGUGAACGGAGUCAAAGUCCUGGAAUAGGAUGUUUUGUCACGAGGGGAGGGCACAGGUGCUUUUCCCACAAGCACCAGGAGAAUGAAGGAGAGACAAUGACAAAGACUCUGGGGAGGACAGAAGGACAGGAGGACAGGAGGACGGACGCUGAGAUGAACAAAUGGAGAGAGUAAAAAAAAAAGAUAAUGCAUUUUUGUAACUUUGUUUACCAGCAUGACUUCUUUGCAUGACUGUCUUUUCUGCAAGCCCUUAGUUGAAGACAAGGGUGCUAGAGAUACAAAAAAAAGUAUAUAUAAAAUGAAUUUAAAAAAAAUCAUAUGCAAUUAAUGUUUUAAAAAAGAUUAUAAUGACAGAGAAGAGCUAUAUUUUGUUUUGAAAAGUAAAAAAAAAUGUGAAUAUUGAAACCUGUAUGUUUGCAAAGUACACCCUGAACUCUGUUUAGUUUGAUGAAAUGUCUCCCUCUACUACUACUGCCCUAUAUGUUCCUCAUUCCUAUUGUUUCCCCAUGUUAUGCACUGAGCAGUAUAUUUUCUAACCGUUCAGUCAGACAGCCGAUCAUUUCAGACUUUGCCAAAAUGUUGCAUUUGUGCAAAGAUUGUCACAAAAGUUAUUUUUUAUGUUUCUUCCUUGAUUCAUUUGCACAACGAUACCGAAGCAGCAGCAGCAGCAGCAGCAGCAGCAGUGUUAAAACUACAGCUCCACGCAACACAACUCAUAGUUUGCUUUUCUUUUCCUUUGGCAAUAAUACAAGACCUGUCACAUGAUUGUAGCAGGGCACAUUAUACGGAGCCUUAAGAGCAUCUUCAACACUUCAGUGUUGAAAUGAUCCAGAAAGGCCUUGGAUGUGCCCGUGGUAGGAUUUUGCUCGGAAAGGCAGUUCUGGUCCUCGAGUGCAACUGCAGAGGGCUGUUUCACACGCGCAGGCUUAAGAAAGCUAGGAUUACUCUCUUCAAAUCAGAGGUCAAGUCAGACACGUUGACAACUUAUAUUUGUUCUUUGAAGAGAAUAACCGAUAAGACAACGGGAUUAUUUAAGACCGGCUGUUAUCCUGGUCUGGAGCAGGCUAACUGCACACAAUACAUCUCCAUGGCAACGUAUGCCUCAUAGAGAUCACUGCCUCCGAGAGGAGUGGAGGCCCAUUUAAGACAGGACAACUGGACAUAUUGGACGCAUACAAAAGCCGCUAGACGCCGGUUCUGUCUUCGCCACCGCGGUAAACUGGCCUGUAGCGCGCAAGGGUGGGGAAAACCCAAGUGUGUGAUUGGUUUUACUUUUAUCUGAGAUGCUGUGGACGUCCUUGCCCGAUGAAUCGCUGGCAGACUCGACGGCCGUGGAGCAGGUUUUGUGAAACAGCCCUCAGGUUCUCCAGCAUACUACACCAUAUUGGCCAACAGAGAUUUCAGGUUUGCAUGGAACCAACUGCCUUUCCAAAGUUUUUGUCUCGUUCAAAGGACUCAGGCAUGAUGUUGGCGUGUGUGCGUGCGUGUGUGUGUGUGCGUCUGGAUGUAGGUGUUUUGCUAUUUUUGUUUCUUAACAUAUUCUAGUAUAUAGGCAACGAUAAUGUGAACACCUCACAGUGAUGUGUAAAAAAGCGCAUGCAUUAUAACAUUAUGAUAAUAUCCGGAGGGGGACGUAUCCCCAUAGUCUUGACAUGUCCCCUUUAGCCUCCUACUAUUGUUUGUCAUGAACCUAGUCCUGAUAACUAUGAGCACUGUGCCGUGUCGUAGAGCAGAAACGUCUUCCUCUCAGAGACAACUGGAAACUACUCGCACACUCACAGUGUCGGCAUGAGUGUGUCAAAGUAGCUUGCCUUUUCUUUUCCUCGAUGGCAUCCGUCAUUUACCAUGGAACUACCGACCUACCGUCAUCCAGCUGGCUGUAGUCGACCGCUCUUAAACCACACGCAGCAGUCACGUGAGCACCAAUCAAAGAGACCCAGAGCUUCCAAAACAACGUCAGUAAGGUCCUUUUUUUUUUUAAGCGUCGUGAGAAAAGGGGGGAAAACGCGAGCGACACCAGUGUCCACCGAGGAGUGAGCGGUGAAGUUAGAAGUCUCAUUGUGUGAGUCAUCCUUGGUUUGGUUUUUCAAAGUGAGUUUCAGCUGGAGUUCCUGCUGGUUCAGGGCUCAGCUCAGGCAGCUAAAUGGUCCACAGUUGCAGUUGGAGGCUCACUGGUAUAUGAGACUCAACAGUGUAAUGUAGACAACACAGACUUCCCAAGACUCGUGUUGGCUCUACAGUGGUUUUACAGGGUCUUGCUUCUGUCUGGUGGCAAAUACAAAUCAUCCAUUGGGAUUUUAAUUUUGUUCAUUUUGAUGCCCCCCCCCCCUUUAUUUUUCAAAAGAAACGUACGAUUUAGUUCCCUUAUUUUGAAAAAAGGCUUUAAGAGAUGUUAAUGGAUAUUUUCGAGCUCAAACAGUUUGUGCUCUGCCCUGCUGUUUGUGUUUUUACUGCCAAGUCCAAGUGUCUUUUACUUUUCUUCGCCACUGUUGGGUUUUGUUGUUUCUCCAUUCUCUACAUUGUGACUGCUCUGCUUUUGUCAGGCUAACGAAAACAACAACACGAGAGAGAAAGAAAGAAAGAAAGAAAGAAGAUGUCUUUCCUUUUCUACUGCAUAAUACUGCCACUCGAUUUGGUCACGUUGAACAGAAUGAGUUACAAUGUUGAGAGUGCCAAGUCUGUUUUAUUUUCCUCUCUGUUCCAUGUGACACUAACACAAACACACACAUAUAUAUAUAUAUAUAUAUAUAUAUAUACACAUACAUAUAGAUACAUAUACAUACAUUAGGUAUGCAAUCUGCAUCACAAAUGCCACUGAUGGACACUUACUGUAUUGUCAUCAGUCCCGAUGAUUGCCACCACACAUUUAUGGCUUUUCUACAGAGUAAUCACUGUAUUAUCAUUAUUAUUAUUAUUUUUAUUAUUGUUAUUAUUUUAACAAAGUGAUAAUACCACUUAGAGGAAAUGUAAUCACUCUGGAUAGUUGUUUUUUUGGUUGUUGUUUUUGUUAUUUUAAUCAGAAAUAAUGUGAUACUCACCGUACUAAUCCAACCCACCUAUAUUCGUCCAUCUAACAUGACAGAUCAUGCAUUCAUGUAAGCAUUCCAAAGAUUAAAGAUGUAUGUUCAUCCCACAUACCAUCACACUGUAUAAAACAGACUUAGGUAUGAGUCCAUUGUACUGCGGUCUCAGAGGAGAGUGAAUAGGGAGAGGAGGUGGUCACUGGAGCAUCUGGUUGUGACUUAUGCCGGAGUUUUAUUUUUUUGAAAAAUGUCAGAACACAAAGAACAGCCCAUUAAGAACUGUAUAAAGUAUAUUUCAAUGGAAUGUUCAUGAUCUAUCUUUUUAUAUUUUGAAGAGUAAAAAAAAGAAAAGAAGAGAAAAUAGAAACAUAUCAAUAAAGUGUCAUAAUUGAACAUAUUUCUACUAUCGAGACUUAAAAUGUAUGAAUGUCAACGCGACCUAAUGUGAACCAAUCUCCAUAGCAGCUUGAAUGAAUAACCGACUAACAGUCAAGAGAUGCUUUUUUUCAGAGACAUUAAAAAUUGCUUCAAAAUCAUUGAAAUGAACUUAAAAUAAAUAAAAAAAUUAACAUCAA